UAGAAUUCAGUGCAUUUCAACAUGGCGUACUUACUGAUAUUGUCACUGCUUUCUCUGUGUGUUAUUUGGAGUCCUGCUACAGCAAACCAAGGUGAUGGUGGCGUGGACAAGAUGGAGGACCGCUUUAGAACGAUGGAGAGGAAAAUAAACCAAUACAUGGAAGAAAAUGGUCGCCUGAAGACGAUGGAAAAAAAACUUUACCAAUACAUGGAGAAAUUUGACCGCCUAAAGACAAUGGAAAGGAAACUUAACCAAUACAUGGACGAACAUGGUCACCUCUUACAACAGAAUCAAGAACUACAGAGACGGGUCUCUGAGACUGAGAAAAAGAAUGAAGAGUUGACGACAAAGAUAGGUACUCUUAAGGAAACUGUUAAGAAAAUACAACAAAGCAAUGCCAAAUGUCAAAUGGAUGUAAAGCAACUAUCUAAAUUCUUUGGAGAACAUUCGUAUAGUUUCACUGAAAAUUCUCAAAAACUGAAUGAAACUACCAAACUAGAUAGUGACGGGCUUCUUUCCAUCUCGACAAGUAAUCCCAUUCAUAAAAGAAUCGCAACGGUUGCUCCAGCUGAUCAAGUCGCAUUCUAUACCUAUCUAUCAGCAAGCACCGCAGCCAACCUCCCUUCCAAACACAUAUUAGUUUUUGACCACGUUGUAUUGAACAAAGGUCAAGGGUAUCACCAGGACGACGGUAUCUUUAUUGUUCCAAGCCACGGCGUCUAUGUAUUUGCCUGGACUGUUGGUGUCCAAUACCAUGGAUGGACACCUUUAGAAAUAGUGGUCAACGGAGUUGUAUUUGGAUCCACUUUUGUAAACGGUGGUGCUGAUGAUUGGGACUUCAGCACUGGGAUUGUUGUAGUAGAGAUACAUACCGGGGACCAUGUCUACAUCCGUAUGGCAGAAACAGGACGAGAGUUAGUACACAGCAACUGGAGAGGAAGAACGUCUUUCUCGGGAUGGAAACUGUUCUAGUAAUUAUAUUGAUUAAAAAAUAAGCACAUUAUUUUAUUUGUAGUUAUUAAAAAAAACUUUGAAAAUUUAUUGAUAUUUAGUAUUUCACUUCACCAAACCAAAUAGUGUAUAAAAUUUAUAAAAAGAAAAAAAAAUGAGUUUAAUUCAUGUAUGAAAAGUGUCAAACCAUGUUUUCAGCCCAUGGCACGCUUUUCUGCAUUUUAAAUGAGUUUUUUUUAUUUGGAGGUCACAAAAUAUAUCCUUGUAAUUUUUAAAGGAAAUAUAUAUUCUAUUUGAUGGUUUUAAUCACGAGAAAAAUGCUAUGCAUACCUUUGUAAUAUAACUCAUACUGAAUGAAUUCAUGUGUUAAUAAAUGUCAAAAUACUAAAGAAGUUCAAUUAAAAAAUAAGGAAUGCAGGACUAUGAGUGAUGAUCUUGAUCGCUCUACGUUGUGUUACUAUAUAAGCAAGCUCAAUUGA